CCUCUCGACGCGCUCGGGCUCGAUUGGCCGGCCUCCCACGGCGUGGUAACGGUCGCAGAGGCGGGGCCGGAGGCCGCUGAGCCGGCGGGGCUGGGCGCGCUGCUGGUGAGCGGCGGCGACUGAGUAAGUGGUAUCGUCUGAGAGUACGCCUGCCUGUGAGAAUUAUUCUACUGCCGCAGACCAGCCAGAGAAAGAGGAUUUCACCACCCACGGUCAGAAGGGAAGGGAUGAAGAUCCAGUUUCAGAUAUGAGAGUCACUGAGUGAUCAUUUCAUUGAGAUCAACUUGAAUGACCAGGUGAAAAGUGCAAGAGGACUGUGCUAUGACUGAGGCAACUCACAAAUUUUUAUUGCCAACCUCUACUUCCUUUGACUCUACAAAGAAAAUUGUAUCUACAGCAGCCCCUAAAGCCCAGGAGUCCAGCAAAUCAUCAGACGGACUCAUGACUGAAAAACAGCGGGAAGAAGCAGAAUGGGAAAGCAUAAACGUGUUGUUGCUGAUGCAUGGCUUAAAACCUUUAUCUCUAGACAAAAGAACAGAUACGAAAGAUCUCAUCAUUUUUGACAAACAGUCAUCACAAAGGAUGAGGGAGAAUUUAAAAACUUUGAUGGAAGAAACAUCACGUCAACAGAACAUGAUCCGGGAGCUCAUAGAAACUAAUAAGCAGCUUAAAAAUGAACUUCAGCUACAACACAGCCGAGCAGCAGAUCAGGAACAACGAGCUAAUGACUUGGAACAAAUUAUGGAGAGUGUGAAAUCCAAAAUUGGUGAAAUGGAGGAUGAAUCCCUAAAUAGGGUUUGCCAGCAACAGAAUAAAAUAAAAGAACUUCAAAAGGAGCAUAAAGCUUUACAGGCAAAAUGUGAGCAUUAUAAGAAAAAACGAAUGGAGCAACAAGAGACUAUUGCUUCUUUGCAGAAGGAUAUCUGUAGAUUAACAAAGGAGGACGAAGAGCGCAUCAUCACUCAAAACAGAGUGUUCUCCUAUCUCUGCAAGAGAGUUCCUCAUACCAUCUUGGAUAGACAGUUGCUUUGCCUAAUUGAUUACUAUGAAUCUAAAAUUAGAAAAUUUCAUAAACAAAGGCAAUAUGAAGAAGAUGAAAGUCAGUCAGAAGAAGACUACAGGAGUCUGAGUGCUUCACCCACUUAUAAAGGCCUUCUAAUGUCAUUACAGAAUCAACUCAAGGAAUCGAAAUCUAAGAUAGAUGCACUUUUAAUUGAAAAGCUGAAUCUCCAAAAAGAUUUGGAAACCAGGCCCACACAGCAUGAAUUAAGACUUUAUCAACAACAGGUGAAGAAGCUGGAGAAAGCCCUUAAGAAAAGCAUCAAAUUACAGGAUCUUAUCAGUCAAAAAAAGGCUGAGGACAAAGACGGAAAAGAUGAGCCCAGCAAAGAUAACCAGCAGCAGACCCUAAUUGACCAGAGAUACUUUCAGGUAUUAAGGAGCAUCAAUUCAAUUAUUCACAAUCCAAGAGCUCCAGUAAUAAUUUAUAAACAGAGCAAAGGAGGAGCCCAACAUUUUAAUAAAGAUCUUGUUCAAGAUUGUGGAUUUGAGCAUCUUGUUCCUAUAAUAGAAAUGUGGGCGGAUCAGCUGGCUUCCUUAAAGGAUUUGUAUAAGUCCUUGAAAAUACUAUCUGCAGAACUGGUGCCUUGGCAUAAUUUAAAGAAGCAGGAUGAAAAUGAAGGUGUCAAAGUUGAAGAUCUGUUGUUUAUAGUAGAUACCAUGUUAGAAGAAGUGGAAAAUAAGGAAAAGGACAGCAAUAUGCCAGACUUUCAAAUUUUGCAAGCUAUUGUUUCUCACUUCCAAAAAUUAUUUGAUGUGCCUUCUUUAACUGGAGUCUAUCCCCGAAUGAAUGAAGUUUAUACUAGGCUUGGAGAAGUGAACAAUGCUGUGAGAAACCUCCAGGAACUCUUAGAACUAGAUAGUUCAUCCUCAUUGUGUGUGCUGGUGAGCACAGUUGGAAAAUUGUGUAGGCUGGUUAAUGAAGAUGUGAAUGAACAGGUUAUGCAGGUAUUGGGACCUGAAGACCUCCAAAGCAUUAUCAACAAAUUGGAAGAACAUGAGGAAUUUUUCCCAGCAUUUCAGGCAUUUACUAAUGAUCUACUUGAAAUCUUAGAAAUUGAUGACUUGGAUGCCAUUGUACCUGCAGUAAGGAAAUUAAAAAUACUUUCAUGCUGAAAACAAAUCAUUUUUACUGUGUAAAUUGCAUUCUUAACAUUCUAAAUAUUUUGUAGGAUUGAUCUUACUCUGAGACAAGGGUUAUAAAAUGUAUAUACUCUCAGAAUUCACCCCCUUCUUUCUGUUGGGUCCUUCUCCAUCCAUAUAAUUUUUAUUAACUUUGAGAUUCUUUUAUAGAAAACAUUGCUAAGUUUAAUUACUAAAUUAACUUUAGAUCCUUUAAUCAUUUCUUAAGCAAUUCUUGAGUGCUUAAAAUGUAAGAUUGUUUUAAAGUACAGCGUGUAAGAGAGACACUCAGGGAGAGAGUGCAAGUAAUAGAAAGGUUGCAUUUAAGUUCAGAGUUUUUUGGCCUGGGAACAAGGAAUGCCAGUGGCUCUCUUUAGUCCAGCCAGCAGGAAGCUGUUGCUUUCCUGGCAAGGAAAUGGCACAUACUAUUAAGAUAUCCCUCAUGACACUUGCCCUUUCAGAGCAGAAGGAACAAAAGGAAGAAGGAAAAAAGUUUUUAUCGUGUUAGGGUAGGAAAUGAAUUAUGAGGUAAAAUAGAUGAGUGGAUGUGAGUCUCUCAAAGUGUCCUUUUUGCUAUCUUGAUGUGAUGUACUUUUUAUAAGGGCAUGAAAUCUUAAAUAAAAUUUUUGUAAUGAAUUUCCAAA